AUGUCCAAUCAGACCAGUGUGACUCAAUUCAUCCUCAGAGGCUUUUCAGAUGACCCUGCACUGAGAAUUGUGUCUGUCGUCUUUUUCUUGUUUGUCUACCUGUUUGGCCUCCUGGGAAAUCUUUCCAUUAUCACAGCAGUGAUUUCUGAAGGCCGUCUCCACACGCCCAUGUACUUCUUCCUAAAGAACCUGUCUUUCCUGGACAUGUGCUACACUUCAGUCACUAUCCCCAAGGCCCUGGUCACAACUCUCAUGGGCUCUGGGGUCAUUUCCUACCUUGAGUGUGUAGCUCAGCUCUACACAUUCAUUACGCUCUGUUCGACAGAGUGCUUCCUACUAACUGCAAUGGCCUAUGACCGCUGCUUGGCCAUCUACAGGCCCCUGCUCUAUGGUGCCACCAUGAACCACCAACUUUGCUGUGAGCUGGUUGUCAUGGCAUGGGUGGCUGGUGCCAUCUACUCAGCCUUCCACACUACCAACACCUUCUCCCUCCCUUUCUGUGGGCCCAACAUCGUCGAACACUUUUUCUGUGACAUUUCUCCUGUCAUGAGACUCUCCUGCACAGACUACCACCUCCAUGAAGUCGUGGGCUUUGCUGUCAGCAGCUGCAUCAUCAUGAGCUCCUUUGCCCUCACAGUCCUCUCCUAUGCCAGGAUCAUCUCCACCAUUGUACAGAUCCCCUCUGUGGAUGGAAGGUGGAAGGCCUUCUCCACCUGCUGCUCUCACCUGACCACAGUUCUUUUGUUCUACGGAACAGGAAGUUUCAUGUACCUGAGGCCAGCCUCCCGAUAUUCCCCAACCCAGGGACGCCUGGCGUCCAUCUUUUACUCUGUUCUUACCCCGACCUUGAACCCUGUGAUCUACUGUCUGAGGAACAAAGAGAUGAAGGCUGCCCUGCAGAGAGUAUACUGCCCAAGAAAACACUGA